AUGACGUUUUUAAAAGAACUCUUUGCUAGUAUAUACGAGCCCUUCUUUGGACUAAAUGAGAUGGAUUAUGAGCUUCAUGAAGUUGAAGUGGUUGAUGUUGGAAAAGAAGAUGUUUUGCUUCCAAGGGUUGGUUUAGAGCUACACAAAGUACUUGAUGAGGUUGAGCAGGGGCUGGAUGAAAUAUUAGGGGAGGGUAGUUUUCAAAAACAAUCACAAACCUAUGAUGCUACUCAAUCAGAUUAUGGGGGUAAUGAUGAAGAUGUAACCAAUGUUGAGUUUAAUGAUGGAAAAGAUGAUGGUGUCCUUGUAGAUAAGGUAAAGCUGGAUGCUGAACAGAUUACAUUGAUGUUGGAAGCAGGAUAUAACAUGGAAGAAAUUGAAGGUAUGGAAGGGGUAGAACUAGAACUGGAUGACAUGCCACCCCUUGAGUUGGAUAUGGAAGAUGUAUUGGAUCAUCCAUCUGAUAAUGAUGAUGAUGCUAUUAUUAAUGAUGUUGAUGGUGUUGUUGAUGAUGCUAUUAUUGAGGUUGAUGAUGGUGGUGAACAAGAAGAAGGAGGUGAUGAUGGUCACUUGGGUGAUGAUGAAGGUGAACAAGAAGAAGGAGGUGAUGAUGAUCCAUCUGAUAAUGAUGAUGAUGCUAUUAUUAAUGAUGUUGAUGGUGUUGUUGAUGAUGCUAUUAUUGAGGUUGAUGAUGGUGGUGAACAAGAAGAAGGAGGUGAUGAUGGUCACUUGGGUGAUGAUGAAGCUUGA